GGAGAUGUUUGUUCAGGACGAAUCAUUGAGACGAUUCGUGUUUUGUGGCAUUUUCAUAAGUAUGCGUGCGUUUGGUCCCCAGAUCACCCGUUUUAGCGCAAAAAGUACGGAAUGUGGCUUCGGAAUUAAACGCAGAGAAAAAUCCCAAAAGUUCCAACUGGUGUAGUAAAAGACUAAAGUACCCACGUAUCAAUGCGAUAAAACCUAAAUUCAUCAGAUGUCUGGCUGAAUGGUGGAAACUGGUUUUAGCGCUGAAAUACCGAAAUAAUUUUACAAUACUCAAAUCGCUUUUAAAUUUGUGUAAAGCAGAACUAACUCUGAAGCACUAAGUUUCAUUUUAUUCUAGCAAGACCCAGAAUGGUCCAAGGGGAUGGUGUUAAGAAGUAAUAGCACAUUUUAAAAACCUGGAAUAGAAUGGCAGAAGAAAUUAAUUCCACCGAACAAAAACCCUUUAAAUAUGCUGCCAGAUGCACGAUUGCAGAGGCCAUGCUAAUUUUCUCCAGCUGUCUCGUUGCAUUCGUAGGAGUGAGUCUUCUUGGUCUAAGCAUAUGGUCGCUUGCAUGGAAAUUACUCGCUUACAGCUACUUCAUGGACAUAAUAACGGAUCCGACUUUUUUCAACAUUCCUGCUGCUCUAAUUGGGCUUCCUUCUAUAUUUUUGACUAUAGCUAUCCGACGAAAUCAAUUUAGCCAUUUGUUAAUCUUCCUUGUUCUGCAAAUGAUCGCCAUUGUACUUCUCUUCACAGGAUACUCUAUAGGAACAAAGUACAAGCUUCUAGGUAAUGAUGAUAUCCUGCGCUUGGGGCCAACGGUGCCAACUAAUUUGCUCAACAACACCCUAUAUGAUGUUAUUCAAACAUAUGAAGAAACCUUGGAGAAUAAUGUCACACUUGACGGUAUUCAGUCCAAAUUCGGAUGCUGUGGAGUGAUUAACAUUUAUGACUUUGGGAACUUGUCUCUUGGUAUUCCAACGUCCUGCUGUCCAAAUAGUGAUUGCAACCAAGGCAUUUACCCCUGGGGCUGUCGACGAAGAAUCCAAGAAAACGUUGCGUGGCACACAAACGUAACUUUAUCUAUAACUCAGCUACUGAUUCUGAUGGUUGUAAGUACCAAAAUCAGCUGCAUUUUAUUCCACAAUCCGAAAAUCGUAUAUGUUUUAGUUCUUCAAUGCUGCAAUGAUCGGGAGCGUAUUCAUAUCAGAUUACUACAAAUGACUAGCAGCGCAUAAAGCAAGACAAUAUACAUAGAUAACAAAAUUGUAUAUAUUGCGAACUUAACUAAGAACAAUAACAGACGCCAAAGACUUUAGAUUUACUAUUACUUCACAUUUUCGCAUUCUGCCCAGUUUGGUAGGAAAACGGAAAGCAGAAAAUGGAGAUUAGCUAUUAGAGAUGUGAACAUUUGCUAAUACAUACGUUAAGCAAGUAAAGCAGCAA